GUUUCAAUUCCAGGUCUGUACAGGUCUACCAGGUCGAGGUGUGGCUUACUGUGUGACUCAUUGUGAUUCAGGAACCAAAAAAGGUGGGCUAGACCUAUUAUCAGCUGCUCAGUGGCUGGGCCGGUUAGUUUCAGUGUCAGACGAGGAGAGGGAGGUUGUCUCAAGGGAGGGAGUGGAGAGAGAGAGAAAAUAAAGAAAGAAGGAAAAUAAAUACAUCAUGGCAGAUACUGCACCCAAAGUGGCGGUCCUCGACUUAAAAGAAUCUCAACUUUGCACCGCGUGUUCUGGGGCCACCGAGCCCGACGCACCCCCGUGCCCCGUGUGCAGUGAUGCCGGGGGUAAAGGCAGCAAGACGGAGCCAGCACCCGCCCCGAAGGAGAACGGGACGGUGAGCGAAACCCCGGUGAUCGAAACCCCAGCGAUGAAGAGCAAAGGGGGGGACAGUCAGGACUCGAAGUUAAUCGAGGAGACCAAAAUACAGGAAGACCUGCUGGAACCGGAGGACCCCGAAAAGCAAAACGAGGAACAGAGUGACGAGAAGCCACAGACCGACGAAAAACCUAAAGAAGAAGAUGGGGAAGAAGAAUUGAAGCAGGGGGAUAUGGAGGAAGAACUAGCCAAAGAGGAGCCCAUCGGCCCGGAUGAUGUGGUCUGUGACUCGUGCAUCGACAGCCCUCGGCGGGCCAUGAAGUCCUGUCUCACCUGCCUGGUGUCCUACUGCGAGGCCCACCUCCGACCGCACCUGGAGAACCAGAAGUUCCACAACCACCGUCUCGUGGAGCCCCUGCGGGACAUCGAGAGACGGACGUGCGAGGGCCACAAGUGGCCCCUGGAUCUGUUCUGCCUGGCGGACAGCUGCUGCGUGUGCACGGACUGCUUCCUCGAGGAGCACAAGGGCCACAAGUCCCUGCCAGUCAGAGAGGCCCGCCGACAAAUCGAGGGCGAACUGAGGGAGAAGCAGGUCGAGAUGGUGAAGAUCGUCACGGCGGCAGAGAACGCCAUCAACAAGCUCCAGGUCAACGCUGUGACCAUCGAGACCUCAGUGAAGGAGGUUCGGGAGGUGAUAGAGAGCCAGUUUGCGGAGCUGCAGGCGGCGGUGGAGCGGGUGAAGAAGGAGGUGAUGGAGGUCCUGGAGAGCGAGGAGAAGCAGUCUCUGAAGCAGGCUGAGGGCAUCCGGGCUCACCUGGAGCAGAGGUGUGCUGAGCUCAAGAAGACCCAGGGCCAGGUGGAGAAGAUCUCCAAGAACAAAAACGAUGUGGACUUCCUACAGGAGUAUUCAGAGUGGAAGAAGGAGACGCUGGAUAUUUCGCUGCCAGGAGUCUACAUCGGUCUGAUGGAUCGGUUACAUUCGUUUAGCCGCACCAUAAAGGACUCCACGAGGGAAAUGAGCCAGAAGCUCACGUCUUCAUACAUGGAUAAGAUCAAAGAGACAUGCAAAAAUGACAAGAUGGGAAUAAAGACCACGGUUCAUGAAAUCAUCGCAUCAAAACAAAACAUUGGCAUCCCUGAUCCAAAGACGCGAGAUGACUUCCUCAAGUAUGCCAGUCCUGUGACCUUGGACGGCGACACCGCCCACAAGUUCCUACGCCUGACUGAGGAGAACCGCAAGGUGACCAACACAACGCCCUGGCAGCACCCGUACCCAGAGCUGCCCGAGCGCUUCGAGCACUGGCGCCAGGUGCUGGCCACCGAGAGCUUCUACCUGGGCCGCAAGUACUUCGAGGUGGACGUGAGCGGGGACGGCACGCACGUGGGGCUCACCUACAAGAGCAUCGACCGCAAGGGCCCGGAGAGCAACAGCUGCAUCACGGGGAACAACUUUUCCUGGUGCCUUCAGUGGAAUGGCCGCACCUACUCGGCCUGGCACAGCGACGUGGAGACCCCGCUGAGCCUGGACAAGUUCACGCGCAUCGGCGUCUACCUGGACUACAGCCAAGGGCUGCUGGCGUUUUACGGCGUGUCCGACGCCAUGAGCCUCAUCCACGAGUACCGGGCGGAGUUCCUGGAGCCUCUGUAUCCGGCCUUCUGGCUGCCCAAGAAGGAGAACGUGGUGGUCUUGGUUCCACCCGGUGAGGCCUUGCCACUAAAGAGUCCUUCCCCUCAAGCCUCCCCCGCAAACAGUAUUGUUGGAUCCAAGGCCGGCGACAAUAGCGAUUAAGUGUUACUCUUUUGUGCAAUGUGAAUGGGCUUAGAAAAGCGGUGUGUUCUGUAUGUUGUAUGCUUAAGAUUGAGUUUGUAUACUUCUGGUUUCAUUUGGGGAAGUGUUUUUGACUGAUGUGCGGAGUCAAGCCAUAAUAAAAAAGCAUGUUGCUAAUGUCCUUUAGAAUUGAAAACAUGGUUCACCUCUUAAGUUGUUUCUAGCUUUUUAAAACAUUCAGGAAUACUGUUACUCCUUUGCACCACUGUGACUUUAGUUUGUUAUUGGUAAAUAAAAGAUGACCAUGGAACUGUCCAUUACCAGUUGACUGAUUCUAGCAAACAUGGAUAUUCAACUGUUCAACUCUUGUUUUUCUUAGAUGUCAGGCCAAAACAUGCUGUGAGAUUUGCUUCAGCAGUCUUAAAAGAAAACACUUGCACAUUUGUUUACUUGAUUCUUCUCCAUGUUUCCCUGGUUAACAUCCAUAACCGUCAUCUCUGGUUUACCCAAAACGAUAUCCUAACUAUCCUUGUUAGAAUGGCCUUAACCCAAUAUAAGAGCGGUUGUUCAACAUGUGUACCCUCAGUGAAUUGCUCCAUUCAACUGAGCAACGCAUGGCUGAGUCAAUACCAACCCAGUCUCAUAACACUAAUGUUCCUUCUCAGCAUGUAGCAUUAAAUGUGAUUUAUAAAUAGUCUGAGCUCGGGGUAGCUUCCUCUGCACAACUGACAGUUAAUUUGUAAUGACAAAAGAAUGGUAUUGUCGUGCCAAGUCCAGGGUACUAACACAUCUUUAAAAGCAAAAAAAAUUUCUGCCGUCUAAAGACUUUGGAAUGCAGCAUGGCAAGCUGUUGACUCCCUACUAGUAACUGAAUGCGUGUCUCCGGAGCAGUGUGCCGGGUUUCCCCCUAUUAUGAACCAAUACAUUGGUUUGAUUGACUAACAAACUACUCCGCCAACAAAUUCCAUUAAGCCAAACUGGGAGGUGGACAAAGUGUAGAAUUGUGUAAGAUUAACAAUGACAAACAAAAAACGUUGAGUAAAGGGUUGACAGGUCUGCAAUGGAACAGAUUAGGCCAGGAAGUAUGCGUCCAAUAAAGUGCCCAACCGCCCACGUUGGGCUGAAAGUUAGAUACCAUCAGACUAUAGGAACACCUACUGUCAGAGUGGGGGAAUGCAGUAGUGAGUCUAAAAGCCACGUCACCGUUCAAAUUUGUUUACAUAUAGUUAUCGCAGAUUCAACAUUUCCUGUCUAGCAUGUGGGAGCUCACCGUUUUCCUUAGUCAUGGAAGCUUUCCUACAAGCUGAGGAAGGAACUAGACUAAACCUCAGCCCCAAAAAGAAUUAACAGUAAGAAUUGCCUUCAAAAACCACUGCAGUCAGAUCUCAGACAGCUAUAAACAUUUUACAGAAAAGACAUGGGCCAUAUGUGAAUUAGACCAUUACACUUUUAUUGUUCUUUUGGCUUCUGGUGGAUAGACAUCUGAAAGGUGACGACAGAAACAAGGGGUUUCAUCUGGUUGUUAGACAUCAGGCCU